AGUGGGAAGCCCCCAGUUAAGGACAUGUUCACAGAUCUGAAAGAUGGAAGGAAGCUUUUGGACCUUUUGGAGGGUCUGACAGGGAAACCUCUGCCUAAAGAACGAGGUUCCACGCGAGUACAUGCCUUAAACAAUGUCAACCGAGUACUGCAAGUCUUGCAUCAGAACAAUGUGGAGUUGGUGAAUAUUGGAGGAACUGACAUCGUUGAUGGAAAUCACAAGCUGACGCUGGGUCUGCUGUGGAGCAUUAUCUUGCACUGGCAGGUGAAGGAUGUCAUGAAGAACAUCAUGUCAGAUUUGCAGCAGACCAACAGUGAGAAGAUCCUGCUGAGCUGGGUUCGGCAGUCCACAAGACCUUACAGUCAGGUCAAUGUUCUGAACUUCACCACAAGCUGGGCAGAUGGACUGGCCUUUAAUGCUGUCAUCCACAGGCACAAACCUGAGCUUUUCAGCUGGGAUAAAGUUAUAAAGAUGUCCCCAGUUGAGAGAUUGGAACAUGCUUUCAGCAUAGCCAAGAACCACUUGGGAAUUGAGAAACUGUUGGAUCCUGAAGAUGUUGCUGUACAGCUUCCAGACAAAAAGUCUAUUAUUAUGUAUUUAACCUCUUUGUUUGAGGUCCUUCCUAAGCAAGUCACGAUGGAAGACAUCCGGGAGGUGGAGACCCUUCCAAGGAGAUACAAGCAGGAGUGUGAGGAUGGAGAGUUCAAUGUGCAGCAGGCUGUAGCACUGGAAGAGGAUCAGGCCAGUUCUAGAGCAGAGACUCCCAGCACGGUGACAGAGGUGGAUAUGGACUUGGAUAGCUACCAAGUUGCUCUGGAAGAAGUUCUUACAUGGUUGCUGUCAGCUGAGGAUACCUUCCGGGAACAGGAGGAAAUAUCUGGUGAUGUUGAGGAAGUCAAAGCGCAGUUUUCCACCCAUGAAGCUUUUAUGAUGGAACUGACUGAGCACCAGAGCAGCGUGGGCAGCGUUCUGCAGGCUGGAAACCAACUGGUGGCCCAGGGAAAUCUGUCACCUGAAGAGGAGUUUGAGAUCCAGGAGCAAAUGCUGCUGCUGAACUCCCGCUGGGAGGAGCUCCGGGUGGAGAGCAUGGACAGGCAGUCCCGCCUGCACGACAUGCUGAUGGAGCUCCAGAAGCAGCAGUUGCAGCAGCUGUCUGACUGGCUGACGGUCACAGAACAGCGCAUUCAGAAGAUGGAAUCUCAGCUCUUAGCGGAAGAUUUGGAGUCCCUUCAAAAACAGUUGGAAGAACAUAAAAGCCUGCAGAGUGACCUAGAGACAGAACAGGUGAAGGUAAACUCCCUAACGCACAUGGUUGUCAUUGUUGAUGAAAGCAGUGGGGAAAGUGCAACAGCUAUUCUGGAGGAACAACUGCAGAGGCUUGGUGAGCGGUGGACAGCAGUUUGUCGUUGGACUGAGGAGCGACGGGUCAAGUUGCAAGAAAUUCAGCUUUUAUGGCAGGAGCUGCUGGAAGAGCAGUGUUUAUUGAAAGCUUGGUUAACUGAGAAAGAAGAGGCUUUGAGUAAGGUCCAGACAAGCAACUUUAAAGAUCAAACAGACCUGAGUGUGAAUGUUCGAAAACUAGCAAUUUUGAAAGAGGACAUGGGUAUGAAACGGCAAACACUGGACCAGCUGAAUGAGCUAGGUCAGGAUGUGGCCCAAAUUCUUGGGAAUGGCAGAGCAUCCACUAAAAUUGAUCAAGAUCAAGAAGAAUUAACUCAGAGGUGGGACAGUUUGGUUCAGAAGCUAGAGGAUUUCUCUAAUCAG